GUGAGCUCACCAUGGCCAUGGCUUUUGAUUGCUCUUAUGAGCUUGAUUUUUCCGAUUAUAGUACCACCACUACCACCACCACCACUUCCACUGAGAAUGACAUAUAUGCCUGUAAUUGGAAUGAUUGGUCUCCGGUCGUCGACUGGGAAGCCUUAUCAGCUAACCACGACGACUUUCAAGAUCUUAUCGAGUCCAUGAUGCAAGAUGGCUCCGCAAUGAAUCAGAAUCCUGAUCAAGAAACCUGCAAUUACUCUAACUCGAACUCGCCAUCUAACGAUACGACGAUGGCUGACGAUCAAGAAAGCUGCGGCGAAGAUUCCAAGGGAUUAAGAUUAGUUCAUCUAUUAAUGGCAGCAGCUGAAGCACUUACCGGCGUAAACAAAAGCCGCGAACUGGCUCGAGUGAUAUUGGCUCGGCUCAAAGAAUUAGUUUCGCCGAAUGACGGGACCAAUAUGGAAAGAUUAGCAGCUUAUUUCACAGACGCCUUGCAAAAUUUACUAGAAGGACAUGGUACCAAUAAUAACACCAAACAUUUUAUAAAUCAGCACCGCGAAAAUCAGCACCAUCAAGCGGACAUUCUUGCAGCUUUUCAGCUUCUGCAAGACAUGUCCCCGUACGUAAAAUUCGGGCAUUUCACGGCGAACCAAGCAAUUCUUGAAUCUGUAUCACAAGAUAAAAGAAUUCAUAUCGUUGAUUAUGAUAUCAUGGAAGGAAUUCAAUGGGCGUCGUUAAUGCAAUCUCUUGUUUCGAGAAAAGAGGGCCCCCCAACUCCCCAUCUCAGGAUCACUGCUUUAACCAGAGGCGGAAAUAGCAGCAAGAGAUCAAUCGGUACAGUUCAAGAAACUGGCAGACGACUUGUCGCUUUUGCCGCUUCUAUUGGUCAGCCGUUUUCUUUUCAUCAGUGUAGGUUAGACUCCGACGAGUCGUUUAGACCUUCUAGUUUAAAGUUAGUAAGAGGAGAGGCAUUGGUCAUGAAUUGUAUGUUACACCUUCCUCAUUUUAGUUACCGGGCUCCCGAUUCGGUUGGUUCGUUUUUAUCCGGAUCCAAGACAUUAAACCCGAGGUUAGUUACUUUAGUUGAAGAGGAAGUUGGACCCAUUGGAGAGGGUGGGUUUGUGAGUCGGUUUAUGGACUCAUUGCAUCAUUACUCAGCUUUGUAUGACUCGCUUGAAGCUGGAUUUCCAAUGCAGAGUCGGGCGCGGGCAUUGGUAGAGAGAGUGUUCCUGGGCCCCCGAAUAUCCGGGUCAGUGGGUCGGAUUUAUAGGGGAGGCGGAUACGAGGAGGGAAGUUGCUGGGGUGAAUGGUUGGGUACGGCAGGGUUUACGCCAGUGAAUAUAACGUUUGCUAAUCAUUGCCAAUCAAAGUUACUGUUAGGAUUGUUUAAUGAUGGGUAUAGGGUGGAGGAGCUGAGUUGCAAUAGAUUAGUUUUGGGUUGGAAAUCUAGAAGAUUAUUAUCCGCUUCUAUUUGGACUUCUCCUCCUUCUCAUGAUUGUGAUUUAUAAAAUUUAUUUUUUUAA